UGAUGUGUGUAGCAAAAUUGCGAGGGAUUAAUGUCCUGCAUCCUCUGAUAUCAACCAUGAGCAGAAACAAACAGCUAAUGUUUUUUGUAUGACGAAUUCGUUAUGUGCAUAUAUUCGACGCUAUUUUUCAAGAAUGUUGGUGGUAGCAUCUGCUGUUGUUUUUAUUGCUGUAAUUUUGUUCGGCGAAAGUUACAAUUUUGACACUAAAUUUCCCGAAAUUAUUUUAUCCAACUACAAAGAUGACUACUUUGGAUUUUCAGUGCUUUUACAACAAGGAACCACGUCCGUACUAAUUGCUAGUGCAGUCAAAGGAAAUUCCACAUUUGAGCCUAACUCCGAUGGUGUUAGUUCAGGGGUUCUGUAUAAAUGUGUUUUGAAUGGUUCCAAACUAUGUUCAGAAUACGGUGUGGACCAUGAGAUUCCUCCUAAAUUUAAUUUCGCUGCUGAAACGAACUACGAGUUACUAGGGGCUGCAAUCGAUGGAGGGCAAAGUGUUGGCGACCCAAUAGUAGUGUGCGCACCAAGACUGAGAAGGAAGCUAAAAAAUGGCUACUUAGCUAAUGGUGCUUGCUUUAUCUUGAAUAAUUCUUCACUGACAUCAAAAAAUGGAGAAAUCUUUAUCCCACUUUUGGACGAACAAUCUCAAUUUUUUGAUAAUAAAUAUUUAUAUGGUAACGGAGAGGCCGGAAUGUCGCUUCAUUUUGUGCAGGAAUAUUCAGAAAUAUUGAUUGGAGCACCUGGCGUUCUCACAUCAAAGGGAACAUUGAUAAGAUAUCAACUAAAGGAACCCUUUCAACCAUAUUCAGAGCUGGCCAAUCAAAUUGAAAGGGUUUCCAUACCAAAUCCUUACUAUUUUAGUGCAAAAUUAGUAGAAUAUGAUUCGUACCUAGGUUAUUCAUCUUCGUAUGGUGUUUUUGAUGAAAGCAAGGGUUUUUGGUAUGUUGCAGCUGCCCCAAGGGCAUUUUUUUUGAAAGGAAAGGUAUUCAUGUUUUCCUAUCCUAAUACUAACGAACAAUCUAUAAUUGUCCAUAACGAGUUUGUUGGAGAACAAAUGGGAGCUUAUUUUGGUUUUUCGUUAGCGUCUUUCAAAAAUAAUAAUAACACAAACGUAUCCGAUUUACUGGUCGGGUCUCCGAUGUUUUCGUUAAAGGGUUACGACGAGGGUUGUGUUUAUUAUUAUAAAAACGACGGCCAAGCUCAAUUUGGUGACCCUAUAAAAAUUUUUGGUGAUGUUAUACCAGGAUCUAGAUUUGGACACGCUAUCGCUAACCUGGGUGACAUAAACCACGACUCAUACACUGAUAUUGCCAUAUCGGCACCUUACGAAUCCAAAGAAGGCGGUGCGGUAUACAUCUUUAUGGGACGACAUUUUGGUCUCUCAAAUAAAUACAGUCAAAAAAUUAGAGGAAGCUCUAUUGACCAUAACAUACUCGCAUUGGGACUCAGUUUAUCCAGCGGGUUAGAUAUUGAUCAGAAUACAUUUAAUGAUUUAGCUAUUGGUGAUUUCAAAUCUGGAAAAGUAGUUGUGAUCAAAACGAAACCUGUUAUUAAAUAUUUUGGAUAUUUGUUGCCCGAUGUUGCAGAAUUAGGAGUUGCCCAAAAUAUUCAAUUCAAUUUAACCUUUUGUUUAACUUACGAUGGUUCAAGUGGCAUCGUUAAAAGCGUCGAAACGGUUUUAUAUUAUUAUCCUGAUCCUCGAAUUUUAAUGACGAAUAAAACCCACACAGUAACGAUAAAAUUAAACAAUUUUUAUUGCCAGAACCUAAGCUUAACUUUAACGAAUAAUACCAUAAAUAGUUUCGCGACACCAGUACGUUUUAAAGUAAAUUAUGAAGUAAAGGAUCAAUCAGGUUCAGAUUUUUGUAAAACAUGUCCGAUAACAGAUCAGGGUGCAGGCAAUUCGAUGUAUAUUGAACUCCCUUUUGCAAGUGGUUGCAAAAAUGCUACUGUAUGUUUUCCAGACCUUGGCGUUUCGGCAAGCUUUGAUCCAAACUUAAAUUACUUGGUCAUAGGUAAAAAUUCAUUUCUAAAUAUGAAAGUAACAGUUACGAACUCUGAAGAGCCAGCUUACUUGUGUGAGCUAAUUCUGAAAAUACCCGACAACAUAGAAAUGCGAAGGAUUGCAAACAAAUGCACUCAAAUUGAAAGCGAACUUCGCUGUUUUUUGAAAAACGUUCUAUUCAAAAAUAAUACGAUUGAAAUUGACUUUGAAUUCGAUUUGACGAGAUUAACGUAUUUUCCACAGAAAAAUCUAAGCUUUUAUUUAGAAGUAAAAAGUAGUGGUAAUGAUACAAACGAAGAUAAUAACAAGAUAAAUUUGGAUUUACCCUUAAAAGUAGAAAGUUUUGUUCAAAUUAAUGGGGAAUCACAUCCUGACCAACUGAUGUAUAAGGACAUGAUUAAGUUUUCGCAUAAAUAUACGUUUGUGAAUUUGGGUCCCAGUCCUUUACCGAGAUUAGACUUCCUGGUCAACUUUCCUAUUAAAAUCAAGACAGAAGAGUUUGUCUUGAAAUACUCACUACAAAGUGCAAUUGACGGGGUUCAAGUUGAAUGUGACCAGUUCAGUCAGGAUAAUCCUUUAAAGGACGAUGAUGAUACUAAGUCAAACGAAUUGUUAGAACCAGUUAAAUCUUAUUUUCAAAAUACUGCUGAUUUUAAUAAGAAAGACUUUUCACUUGAUCAAGUAUUGUUCAUCAAUUGUUCAAAAGGAGAACUAAUUACCUGCAAAACGUUAAUUUGUCAUGUUAAUCAGGAAGUUAAAAAGGAUCAAAUUGUACGCCUAGACUUCUCAUUAGAAGUUUCCUUAGAUACGAUAAAAAAACAAUCGGAAAUUAGAAAGAUGAUUUUUUACCAAACUGCUGUGAGCACAAGGUUCAAUCAACAACGUUAUAGUAAUGGAACCACAACGAUUUUGAUGGGUUACUCUUCAAGUACAGAAGUUUCCUAUAUGAUUUACAUUGUGGGUGUUUUAAUUGGCGUUAUUAUCCUUUCAGGAAUAAUUUUCUUGCUGCACAAAUUAAAAUUCUUUAGGCGACCGUUAAUGGAAAAACUGGUUAAUACAGAGGAAAUCACAUCAGUGCUGGGCAAUGACUCACUAGAAAGUGAAGACGAACCAUUCGACUAAUGCAAUAGUGAGUUAACUCAUAUUUUGCGAAACAGGAAAUAAAAAUAACAAAUUGUUUUUUUAUUUAUAAGUUUGUCAUAUUUUUCUAAAAAAAUGCAAAAACAUUUACAAUGAAAGUGAAUCUAUAUUUACAAGCUUUAUUUACAUCUUAAUUAGAUAUAGCAGCGAAAAUAUUUGUAGAUUUAGAAAAGCAAAGUUAAAUAAAUAAAUAUUGGUUAAAUUUUUU